AUGAAACGACAGAACGUCCGGACCCUGUCUUUAAUUGUCUGUACAUUUACCUAUCUGCUGAUAGGGGCGGCCGUGUUUGACGCCCUGGAAUCCGAGUACGAGGUGGAAAACAAAAGGCGGCUUUUGGAGGAGGAGGGCGAGAUACUUACCAGGUAUAAUAUUUCAGACAAAGAUUUUAACGCUAUACGGCACAAUGUGAUCUGGUCCCGACCAUACCAGGAGGUCACCCAAUGGAAGUUCGGAGGUGCUCUGUAUCUGUCAUUAGUGGUUGUUGCAGCUAUUGGUUAUGGACAUAGUACACCGAAGACCGUCGGAGGCAAGCUUUUCUGUAUGUCUUACGCUUUGGCAGGGAUUCCACUAUGCAUGAUAAUGUUUCAAAGUGUCGGCGAGAGACUUAAUACUUUUGUGACAUUUGCCUUACGACAAAUCAAGAAAUGCUUCCGACUGAGAAACACGGAAGUGUCCCAAUCAGACCUAAUAUUCAUAACAAUGAACUUAUCUACAAUGAUACUCACAUGUGGUGCUUUAGUGUUUUCACACGUCGAAGGCUGGGCUUAUAUAGAUGCAUUCUACUAUAGUUUUAUUACAUUGACAACAAUAGGUUUUGGAGACUUUGUAGCUCUUCAACAAGACAAUAUGGUUCAGAGUAAGCCCCAUUAUUUUGUAUUCAGUAUUCUGUUUAUCUUAUUUGGUCUGACGGUGAUUUCGGCAGCCAUGAAUUUACUGGUUUUGCGGUUUCUUACGAUGAAUACAGCAGAUGAACUUCGAGAUGAAAGAGAGGCUGCAGUUGCGGCCCGAAAUGCAGUUCAUCUCGAAGGUGACGUCAUAACCGGAAAUAAUGGAGUAGUCUCUAACUUGCAGGAACAGCCAACCGGACCAAUCGUUGAGGAUUCCUUGUCAGUUUGUUCAUGUUCCUGUUAUAAAUGGAGAUCACCACGUGACAAGGUAUAUUCGACAAGUCCGAUGGCAAAUCAAAUGCGAAAGAAAUUUAGAUCCAAAGGAAUGAAUAAUCAGGAGUAUUCAAAGGAGGUCGACAGUACAUUAUCUGAAGAUACUGAUUCUUUUAUCAAUUGGCAGAGGGAUAAAAGGGCAUCCCUUUGA